GAACUGUAUUAGCCCGAGUUUGGGCUUAGACGCGUGAGCGGGCCCGGAGAGGGGCUCAGCGGGCUCGUGGCCCCAAGGACCGAGCCGGUUUCAGGCGAGUCGCCGCGCCAAGACUGCGGAGGGCCGAGAUCAGAAUAAAGGUGGUAGUAGCGCAGACGACUGGGAGCGGAGUAGGGAAGAAGGGAAGGCCUUUAAACCGCGAUUUCGGCUGGGGCAACCCGGGCUGAGGGAACGAAGCCGGAAAUAGGAAACUACAACUUCCAGAAGGCCGUGUUCCUCGGCCGCGAAGCCUGAUGGGACCGGUAGUUCUGCGCACGGCUCAACCUAGACGCCUGGGGCUGGAGUGCUGUGGCCUGGGGCGCCGGCGCGGCCGAGAUGGAGCUGGAGCAGAGAGAGGGGACCAUGGCAGCGGUGGGGUUCGAGGAGUUCUCGGCACCGCCUGGCUCAGAGUUGGCCCUGCCGCCCCUGUUCGGCGGGCACAUCCUGGAGAGUGAGCUAGAGACCGAAGUGGAGUUCGUGUCCGGCGGCUUGGGGGGCUCGGGGCUCCGGGAGCGCGAUGAAGAGGAAGAGGCGGAGCGGGGACAGCGGCGGCGCCAGCGGGAGAUGAACCGCAGGAAGUACCAGGCGCUGGUGCGGCGCUGCCGGGAGAUCGAGCAGGUGACAGCGGUGAGAGCCGAUCCAGCAGAGCCACAGGUGAACGAGCGCGUGCUGGACCGGCUGCACCAGGUACAGCGGAUAACUCGGAGGCUGCAGCAGGAGCGCAGGUUCCUCAUGAGGGUGCUGGACUCCUAUGGAGAUGAUUACCGCGCCAGCCAGUUCACCAUUGUGCUGGAGGAUGAGGGCAGCCAAGGCACUGACACCCCCACCCCAGGCAAUGUGGAAAAUGAGCCUCCGGACAAGGAGGGGCUGUCCCCGCCUAGAAGGACUUCUGCACCCUCAGAAGCCAGCAGCCCGGCCCCUGGUGAGGGGCCCAGUGGGCGGAAGAGGCGGCGAGCACCCCGGGAUGGGGGCCGAGUGGGCGCUGCACUGACCCCAGAACUGGCCCCCGUGCAGAUUAAGGUUGAAGAGGACUUCAGCUUUGAAGCAGACGAGGCUUUGGAUUCAAGUUGGGUCUCUCGGGGGCCUGACAAACUGCUGCCCUACCCUACUCUAGCCAGCCCCCCCUUUGACUGAGCCCACCCCAAUAAACUGACCCCCA